AUGUUUUUCUUUUAAAGAAUUAUUUCUGUUUGAGACUACAUAACAUGGCUGACAUUACUUAGCUUUUAUGUUCAGUUUUACAUACAGUGAAAAAGUAACGCUCCAAUUAUUGCUGAUAAUCUACGUAGUUAUAAUGUAUUAAUUGCUUCCAAUUUGCAUUCAUGCAUGUACUACCGGUAAUUCCUAAAAUUGAUAUGUGAAUGUUAACAUUAUCACUUUUUUCAGUCGAUUACUUGAGUAACAGAAAUACAUUAAUGAGCGUUUUAUUCAAUUAUGCAUGCACGUUACUUAAAUUUUUUCAUUUUACAAAAUCAAUUAAACUACUGGUAUUCGAUAAUUUAUUUGCAAAGGAAAUAUUUUGGUACGAAAAAAUGUACUUAUACUGUUUGAACUUUACGCCAAACUUAUGAUUUUGGUUUGACUUCAUAAACAUCAGGAACUAUAGUAACAACUCUCGAAUCAAGGCAUUGUAUCAUCUAAUAUUUUUUUAGGGAGGGAAUGGAGAUAACCAUUGCUCCUGAUGAUCAUGAUGAUGAUGAUGAGGAUGAUGUUGAGGAAGAAUCAGAAGACUUUCAUCCCGCAUGCCUUAGUACGACAUGUAACCGCAUUGAAACCCGCGAGGAGGUACAGGAAUUUCUGGGGGACCAUCCUUGCAUCACAUACUGCAAUCAACUUCUGAAUUUAGCGAGGAUUAAUAUGCCAGAAACUUGCACAAAUAAAGACUGUGGGGCAGAAGUUGAAGUUGUAAAAGAAGUUGUUGCUUCAGCUGUCUACCUGAUAUGGGUAUGUCAGAAAGGGCACAGACUACAUAGAUGGUGUUCUCAGCCAAUCCUUAACAGGCGGGUGCAUAGUGGAGAUUUGAUGAUUGCUGCUAGUGUUGUCUUAUCCGGGAGUAACUUCCAAAAGUUUUCCAUGUUUGCCAAGUUUUUACAGCUUCCAAUCCUCAGCAAGUCAACCUUUUACAGAAUGCAGCGUCAUUAUAUUGUCCCUUCAGUUGGAGAACACUGGAUUGACCACCAAAAUUCAGUAUUAGAGGAUUUUAGAGGAUCAGACUUGGUUAUUCUGGGUAAGAUAAAGAGAUAAAUGUUUUCGGGGUUUUUUUUGGGGGGGGGGGGGGGGGGUGGCAAAGUGCAAUGAAUGAGCAUAAUGUUGUGAUUUAUAAAAAAUUGUUACUGUAGUUCCAUUGGAUGACUGUGGUUUUAUCUUUAUUCGUUGAAUACCAAUUUUUAUGGUUUUCAUUGAUGAGUUGAUGAGAAAAAUAAUAAAUAUUCAUUGAAGUGUGAUAUUUAUUGGAAUAAUGUAUUGAUUAAAUUGUUGGCCAUGAAUUUAAGUAUCCUCAAAACUUUGUCAAAUUUGUUGCUCAUGAAUAUUGAUGAAACCACA